AUGAAGAUGAAGUCGAAUUCAGCAGGGCAUAUUGAAGCAUCUGGCGAUAGCCGCGUUUGGGUCGGAGAUCUCAGAGAACACCACAACUACAACAGAAACGGAGGUGGAGAUAACAAUGGAGUUCAUCACCACCACUACCACCACUACAACGGAAAUGGAUCCUGUCUCCAGUCCCUUGGGUUCGGGGCAAUCGAUGCACGGUGCCAACACAUCGCUCCUGCCCAUCCAGAUACGUGCGACUGGCUGUUCGGCACCACUGAGUUCCAGAAAUGGAGGGACCCUGCAUACCUUCACAUCCACAAUGGAGUGUUUUGGAUCAAAGGCAAGCCGGGGGCGGGCAAAUCGACGCUGAUGAAGCACGCACUCUCCCGCUACCGGGACGACUUCUUCAGGGGCCAUCUCAUAGUGGCCUACUUCUUUAAUGCCCAAGGCGAGACACUUGAGAAGACACCUCUCGGCAUGCUGCGGGCGAUUGUGUACCAGCUGCUCAAGAACGACGAUACACUGUACGAAUGUUUCGUCCCCUCCUUCCGCGAGAAGCAGCGGAUAAAUCAGGAGGGGAAUUGGCAGUGGCGCCAAUCAGAACUUCAGGAGUUCAUUCUCUUCGUAGCCAAGCAGUCACGGUCGCGGCCCCUUUUGCUUCACGUCGACGCGCUGGACGAAUGCGACAAGUCCGAGGUCCGUGCGGUGGUUAACUUUUUCGAAUCGCUGAGCAUUCAUGCCUUUCCGAACAAUGGAUCGCUACGCAUAUGUCUUUCGAGCCGCCAUUACCCUAGCAUUCAAAUGAAGAAGGCCCUCGAGUUAACGGUGGAAAAGAACCCAGAUCACGAAACAGAUAUCGCUAAAUACAUUGAAGAAAUGUUACGAGUUAGCGAUGCCGAGAUGGAAGCCGAGAUCAGAAAGAGGGCCGAAGGUGUUUUCUUAUGGGUUGUCAUGGUUGUAUCCCUGCUGAACAAAGCCUACGAUGAAGGCCGUACUGAGGCGAUGAGGAAGACUCUUCAGGACAUCCCGGACGAUCUUGAGAGAAUGUUCUCCACCACUCUGAGCAAGGACGCGUCAGACAUGGCCGAGACAGUUCACAUGCUCCAAUGGGUGCUCCUUAGCUUACGACCAUUGAAGCCUCAUGAGCUCGUCGCCGCGGUAGUCAGAAUAGCUCUUCCCACAAUCGACGUGAUCCGGCGACGGAUUACCACCUCGUCGAAAGGCCUGGUCGAGAUACGACAAGGCGAGCCCGCUUCCGUCCAAUUCAUACAUUUGUCGGUAAGCGAUUUCCUGUAUCGACAGAAGAGGUUACAGAUACUGGAUCCAACGCUAGGGUCAGAGCCAGUCAGGGCCAGCCACGGCCGACUGUGGGCUCGAUGCUGGUCUUGUAUCGAGCAGGUUGACACCACUUCGACGAGCGUCCAGCAUAUGAGAAAAUUGAAAGACAAAGACCCCUUCCUAGAUUAUGCGGCGAGCCACAUACUGAAUCACGCCGAAAGAGCAAUGUCCAGAGACGUGAGAGAGAGGGAUGACAAGUGGGAGCGGGAAGGUCAUGCCGACUCCUCGGAUAUUUCCCAGCGCAUGUCUAUCAAAAAGUGGCUACAGAAGCCAGAUCUCUGGUUUCAAUGGUGGAAACUGUUCCACGCCGCUACUAGCCCCUCUGAUAAGGAGUCAGAACUGGUUGGGGAAGACAAUGCGGGACUCUCUUACGUAUUGGCACUUCACGGGCUGUUAAACCUACUCAGGGUUAUUCUUGAGAAUGGUGCCGACACCGACGUCAAUAUACUAGGCGGCUCUUUCGGUAAUGCACUACAGGCCGCUUCAGCCAGGGGAUACUACAGAAUUGUCCAGCUACUCCUUGAGAAGGGUGCCGACGUCAACACGCAAGGCGGCGCCCAUGGCAACGCACUACAGGCCGCUUCAGCUAUAGGAGACUUUAAGAUUGUUGAAUUGCUCCUUAAGAAGGGCGCCAAUGUUAAUGCACAAGGCGGCCCUUACGGUAAUGCAUUACAGGUCGCUUUAGUCCGCAGACAUUACAACAUUUUUCAGCUACUUCUUGAAAAUGGCGCUAAUGUUAAUGCAAAAGGCGGUGUCUGCGGUAAUGCGCUACAGGCUGCUUCAAUUAUACAAAGCCUUGAGACUGUUCAGCUGCUCGUUGAAAAGGAUGCCAAUAUUAACGCGCAAGGCGGCCCUUACAAUACUGCAUUACAGGCCGCUUCGUUCGGCGGAUGCUACAAAAUUGUUCGGCUGCUCAUUCAGAACGGCGCUGAUGUCAAUAUACAAGGCGGCCUUUGCAGCCACGCACUACAAGCCGCUUCAUCUAAGGGACACUACAGGACUGUUCGGCUGCUUCUUGAGAAGGGCGCUAACGUCAAUGCGCAAGGUGGCCGUUACGGCAAUGCGCUACAAGCCGCGAUUUCAAAUAAACAUAAAAGAAUCGCGGGACUGCUUCGCGAGAAAGGAGCCGUUCCACAACCGCGAAAGCGGCAAAAGCUGACCUUGCCGAGCAUCUUGGACGCCGGCCGCAAGCAAACAGACAAGAGACCACGGUCGUCCGAAGAUGCGAGAAAUCGCAGCUCCCACAGAUCACCAAACAUGGCGUUGAGGGACAAUCAGAGGAGGCGUGGUCCAAGCUCACAUGUUGUUGUUGACAACGGGACUGGCGCUCACAUACAAGCGCCUGAGCCGACGACACCGAUAUCACAGCUCCAUCAAGACCACCGCCAGCGUCGCAGCAACAUUUCUACAGGACAAACACAAACACAGGGUCACCGCAACUGA